UACAUCGUUUUUAGCUACACAACGCGAAUAAUUGUGUCGGCUCUACUUCCUAUUCCGCGACCUGUUUUAACAAUCGUCUACUACUAAUGUUCGGGCUUGAUAGUAAUGCAAAAAAUUUUGAUAAGUUAUACACAGGGCCGGUGUUUGUUAUACGAUGCAGAUGACUAUUUGUCGCUUCGGUGUAAUUACCGCAUCGUGGGAAACCUCAUCGGAGUACCUGUGUCCCAUCCGAGGAACAUCAACCACCAAGGCUUGCCAGCGGUGUUGUCAGCGUGCGAAAUGAAACUGCUAUUGGAUAAAGAUGUUGUGUGUUUGAUCGACAAAACUACUGCCUUGCGGACCGCUCCAAGUGGCCAGCAAAAAGAAUUGUAUAAUAGUAUGAUCACAGUACAAAAUGAAGAAUUGCGGCAGCCAGCUAUGGAUGCGCGUUUAGACACGUUCCGUAAGCAUUUGCCAAACAUUUUGGAAGGCAAGAAACAGAAGUUGCUUAAGUUAGGACAUACUCUGCAAGAAAUUGAUAUCACUCCAGAGAAGCUGCUAGACGAGGAGCGGGAAAAAAUAAAGCAAAGAAAGUUCGAUUCCAUGGUACAGCUUCCUACGAAACACCCGUUUGGCGCAGAAAUGUCGGUUGUGCCGUUCGUGCUGAGCGCCGAAGAAAGCACCAAAUAUCGGGUCUUUCAAGCCCUAUGGAACGAGGGAGGAUUCAUAACGACUGGAGACACGUUUGGCUGUGAUUUCUUACUUUACCCAGGCGAUCCGCUCUAUUUUCAUGCCUCGCACAUGGUGCACGUUUUGAAAGAUGGUCGACGAACGCUGGACGUGAAAAACCUCACAAGAAUGUGUCGCCUAGCAAUCGUGGUCAACAAGCUGUGCGUCGUCGCCUACGUUGGCGAACACUCUGGAGAGGUGCACUUUGAAACGCUCGAAUGGGAAGGCUCUGUAAAUGGGCGGCCGGUUGAGAGUGAGAAAUAAAACCAUCGA